CGCGGGGGCGGGGUCGGCGCCGCGCGCGGAGAGCCUCGGCCUGGCCGCGCUGCGCCCGCCGCCGCCCCCUCCCCUCCCUCGGCCCUCCUUCCCCGCGGCCCCGGCCCCCUCCCCUCCGCCGGAGCCGAGCGCCGCUCCCCAAGAACCGCCGCCGCCGGAGGAUGCGACGCACCACAGUGUAGUGUUCUAAGAACGGAAGCACCCGGACUGAAUGGAAUUGAGCAUCAGAAAAGGCCCUCUCUCCGUUCAGAAAGCUGUCAAACCCAUGAGGAUGAAGCAGGCCCCGGAAAUCCUGGGCAGCGCCAGCGGGAAGGCGCCGGGCUGCGAGGUGAACCGCGAGUGCUCCGUGUUCCUCAGCAAAGCGCAGCUGUCGGCCAGCCUGCAGGACGGGGUCGUGCAGAAGUUCAACGGCCACGACGCGCUGCCCUUUCUCCCUGCGGAGAAGCUGAAGGACCUGACCUCCCGCGUGUUUAACGGGGAACCCGGUGCUCAUGAUGCCAAGCUGCGCUUCGAGUCCGCGGAGGUGAAGGGCGGGGGGACCCCGCCUAAUACCAGCCCCAUCAAAAACGGCUCUCCGGAAAUCAAACUGAAAAUCACCAAGACCUACAUGAACGGAAAGCCUCUCUUUGAGUCUUCCAUUUGCGGAGGCGGUGCUGCUGCUGCGUCCCCGUCAGAAGAAAAUGGGCAAAAACCAGAAAAUAAGGCGAGAAGGAGCCGGAAGAGGAGCAUCAAAUACGACUCCUUACUGGAGCAAGGCCUGGUGGGAGCCGCGCCGGCGCCAGAGGCCUCGAGCCCCUCCGACAAGAAGACUCCGGUGAAGACAGAGCCCUGUCCGGGCGCCGGCAGAGACAAGGACCGCCUGCUGAAGUACAGCGUCGGCGACCUCGUGUGGUCCAAGGUGUCCGGGUACCCCUGGUGGCCGUGCAUGGUCUCUGCCGACCCGGUCCUGCACAGCUACACCAAGCUCAAAGGUCAGAAAAAGAGCGCACGCCAGUACCACGUCCAGUUCUUCGGUGACGCCCCUGAGAGAGCUUGGAUAUUCGAGAAGAGCCUGGUGGCCUUUGAAGGAGAAGGACAGUUUGAGCAGCUGUGCCAGGAGAGCGCCCGGCAGGCGCCCACGAAAGCCGAGAAAAUCAAGCUGCUGAAGCCUGUUUCAGGGAAGCUGAGGGCGCAGUGGGGGAUGGGCCUGCUCCAGGCCAUGGAGGCUGCCGCCAUGACCGUGGAGGAGCGGAAAGCCAAGUUCACCUUCCUCUACGUGGGGGGCCAGCUCCGCCUGAACCCGCACGUGGCCAAGGAUGCGGGCGUCGCGGGGGAGGCGCCGGGGCCCGUGGGAGCCACUGGAGACACUGCUGGCACCCCCAGGCCGCGGAGAGAAGAGGGCGUCUCUGUGAAGAGGAGGCGGAGAGCCAGGCUGGCUCGCCCUGCCCCGGGCCGGGACGGCAGCCCCGAGGCAGAGCCGGCGACUCCGAAGGGGGCCGAGGCCGACCCCCGGAGAGGAGCGGGCUCGCUCCCCGGGAGGAAGAAGGCUGCGGCCGCCACGCCGCGGAGCCGGAAGGGGGACGCGGCGUCCCAGUUCCUGGUCUUCUGUCAAAAGCACCGGGACGAGGUGGUGGCCGAGCACCCGGACGCCUCGGGGGAGGAGAUCGAGGAGCUGCUGGGGUCCCAGUGGAACAUGCUCAGCGAGAAGCAGAAGGCCCGCUACCACACCAAGUUCGCCGUCCUGGCCAUGGCCCCCUCCGAAGAGGACGCUGCUGGCUACCUACAUGGGAGGAAAAGGACCCACCCGAAGAGGGCACAGGACCCUGCAGGGGACUCGGAAGUUGAGGACGUGCCCAGGAAAAGACUCAGGACGGACAAGCACGGUCUUCGGAAGAGAGAGCCCUUCGCUGAGAAGUCGUCCCGGACAGGCCCCUGCAAGGCCACAGGGGCGGCCCCCUCCCCCAAGGGCCAGGCAGCAACGAAACACCUGUCUGAUGCGUGCAAGCCCCUGAAGAAGCGAAACCGGGCGUCCACGGCAGCGUCCUCGGCUCUUGCGUUCAGCAAGAGCGCCUCUCCGUCUGCGUCCCUAACUGAGAACGAGGUCUCGGACGGCCCGGGAGACGAGCCUCUGGAGUCCCCGUACGAAAGCGCCGACGAAACUCAGACCGAAGCGUCCGUCUCAUCCAAGAAGUCGGAGCGGGGAGUUGCCGCCAAGAAGGAGCACGUGUGUCAGGUGUGCGAGAAGCCCGGCAGCCUCCUGCUCUGCGAGGGCCCCUGCUGCGGGGCCUUCCACCUCGCCUGCCUCGGGCGGUCCCGGCCUCCGGAGGGGAGGUUCGUCUGCGGCGAGUGUGCUUCAGGGGUCCACUCGUGCUUCGUGUGCAAGGAGAGCCAGGCGGGCCUGAAGCGCUGUGUGGUGUCGCAGUGCGGGAAGUUCUACCACGAGGCCUGCGUGAGGAAGUACCCCCUGACGGUGUUCGAGAGCCGGGGCUUCCGCUGCCCGCUGCACAGCUGCGUGAGCUGCCACGCCUCCAACCCGGCGCACCCGCGCCCUGCGAAAGGGAAAAUGCUGCGCUGUGUCCGCUGCCCCGUCGCCUACCACGGAGGCGACGCCUGUCUGGCCGCGGGCUGCUUGGUGCUCGCCUCCCACAGCAUUGUCUGCACGGGCCACUUCACAGCCCGGAAGGGGAAGCGGCACCACGCCCACGUCAACGUGAGCUGGUGCUUCGUGUGCUCCAAAGGGGGCAGCCUUCUGUGCUGCGAGUCCUGCCCGGCGGCCUUCCACCCGGACUGCCUGAACAUCGAGAUGCCCGACGGCAGCUGGUUCUGCAACGACUGCAGGGCCGGCAAGAAGCUGCAUUACCAGGACAUUAUUUGGGUCAAACUCGGGAACUACAGAUGGUGGCCGGCAGAAGUUUGCCAUCCCAAAAAUGUUCCCCCAAAUAUUCAGAAAAUGAAGCACGAGGUUGGAGAAUUCCCUGUGUUUUUCUUUGGGUCUAAAGAUUAUUACUGGACGCAUCAGGCUCGAGUGUUCCCGUACAUGGAAGGGGACCGGGGCAGCCGCUACCAGGGGGUCAGAGGGAUCGGAAGAGUCUUCAAAAACGCGCUGCAAGAAGCCGAGGCCCGUUUCCGUGAAAUCAAACUUCAGAGGGAAGCCAGGGAAACGCAGGAGAGCGAGCGGAGGCCCCCGCCGUACAAGCACAUCAAGGUGAGCAAGCCGUACGGGAAGGUGCAGGUCCACACGGCCGACAUCUCCGAGAUCCCCAAGUGCAACUGCAAGCCCACAGACGAGAGCCCCUGCGGCAUCGACUCGCAGUGCCUGAACCGCAUGCUGAUGUUCGAGUGCCACCCGCAGGUGUGCCCGGCCGGCGAGGCCUGCCAGAACCAGUGCUUCAGCAAGCGCCAGUACCCCGAGACGCAGAUCGUCAGGACGGACGGCAAAGGCUGGGGCCUGGUCGCCAAGAGGGACAUCCGCAAGGGGGAGUUUGUGAACGAGUACGUGGGCGAGCUGAUCGAUGAGGAGGAGUGCAUGGCCAGGAUCAGGCGCGCGCACGAGAACGACAUCACGCACUUCUACAUGCUCACCAUCGACAAGGACCGCAUCAUUGACGCCGGGCCCAAAGGCAACUACUCGCGGUUCAUGAACCACAGCUGCCAGCCCAACUGCGAGACCCUCAAGUGGACCGUGAACGGCGACACCCGUGUGGGCCUGUUCGCCGUGUGCGACAUCCCUGCAGGGACGGAGCUGACUUUUAACUACAAUCUUGACUGUCUGGGCAACGAGAAAACUGUGUGCCGCUGUGGAGCCUCCAACUGCAGCGGGUUCCUCGGGGACAGGCCGAAGACCUCGGCCGCGCUGUCCUCAGAGGAGAAGGGCAAGAAGGCCAAGAAGAGGAGCAGGAGGCGCAGAGCCCGCGGGGGGGGGAAGAAGGCGUCGGAGGACGAGUGCUUCCGCUGCGGGGACGGGGGCCAGCUGGUGCUGUGCGACCGCAAGGCCUGCGCCAAGGCCUACCACCUGGCCUGCCUGGGCCUGCGCAAGCGGCCCUUCGGGAAGUGGGUGUGCCCCUGGCACCACUGCGACGUGUGCGGCAAGCCUUCCGCCUCCUUCUGCCACUUCUGCCCCAACUCGUUCUGCAAGGAGCACCAGGACGGCGCGGCCUUCGGCUGCGCCCCGGACGGGCGGCCCCACUGCGGCGAGCACGACUGGGGGGCGGAGUCCGCCGCCGGCGCCGCGGCCGAGAAGCCCCUCCCAGUGCCCGCGAAGCCGAAGGGGAAGCGGCGGCGGCGGCGGUGCUGGCGGAGGGUCACCGAAGGCAAAUAG